AUGAAGAUCAUUCAGGACAAAGAAAAUAUUCGUUUGACUUGUUCUUUCCUACAUCCUUAUGUGUCAGCAGCUGCAUGGUUCAAACAUACUCCGGGAGAAAAAGCUCUUCUUAUUGCUUCAGCUUUUAGUUCUACUCCACAAUAUCACAAUGAUUUUGACAAGAGUGGCCGCUUUAUUGCUUUGAGAGAGCAAAGCAGUUUUAAUCUGAGUAUCUCAAAUGCAGAACCAUCUGAUUCAGCUACAUACUACUGUGCAGUUGCAGAUUAUUCAGACACUGCAUUAUUAGACUGCACAGUUUUAGUCCUCAAAGGUUCAUCUUCAAGUCUCUCUGCUGUUCUCCAGCCUCCUGUAUCAGAUCCUGUUGAACUGGGAGGAGAUACAACUUUGCAGUGUUCAAUACUCACAGAUACGUCUGCAGGAGAACACAGUGUGUACUGGUUCAGACAUGGAUCAGGAGAAUCUCAUCCAGGAAUCAUUUACACUCAUGGAAACAGGAGUGAUGAGUGUAAGAAAAGCUCUGAGACUGAUUCUCCUACACAGAGCUGUGUCUACAAACUCCCCAAGAGAAACCUCAGCCUCUCUGAUGCUGGAACUUACUACUGUGCUGUGCUCAUGUGUGGAGAGAUCAUCUUUGGGAACGGAACUAAACUGGACUUUGUAGAGAAAGGUGUUUUGGAGCCAGUCACUCUGGUUUUAGCAGCAUCAAACAUCAUAUCCAUUGUCAUGGUUGUAUAUCUGUACAGAAAAUCACACAGUCAUCAUGAAGGGCUUGUGAAACCCAUCAUCAUCCAAAGAGAGGAUGUGGAGAUACAGGAUGCAGAGAUGUUUUGA